AUGCCUGGUUCAACUACAGCCCUCCGACAAGAGAGAUUGAAGAAGACAAGUGCCAGGCCAAAUCCCUUGGGUUUAUUCACCAUUAACGAAGAGGAUGAGCAGCAAAAGAACGGGAAUUCCAAAACACUGAAAGCAGCUGAAGGUUCUAAAAUACAAGACAAGAAAGUCACUUCAGGACAAAGCAACACCGGAACUAAACCAGAUCAUCCAACAAUACUAAAGGUUGAUGACAGGCAACGGCUUGCUAGAGAACGGAGAGAAGAACGAGAAAAACAGCUAGCUGCAAGAGAAUCCAUCUGGUUAGAAAGAGAAGAGAGGGCCCGGCAACAUUAUGAAAAACACUUAGAGGAACGCAGAAAGAAGCUAGAAGAGCAGAGAUUAAAGGAAGAGAGAAGGCGAGCUGCCGUAGAGGAAAAGCGAAGGCAGAGAAUAGAAGAAGAUAAGGAACGACAUGAAGCUGUUGUACGUCGCACAAUUGAAAGAAGCCAGAAGCCAAAACAAAAGCAAAACAGGUGGUCCUGGGGAGGAGCACUACGUAACCGCAUUAAUAACACAGAUCCAGACAGGCGAUCUGUUUCAACAAUGAACCUUUCGAAACAUGUUGAUCCAGUCAUUAACAAGCGGCUCUCCUCCUCAUCUGCAACAUUACUAAAUUCUCCAGACAGAGCUCGACGUCUACAGCUCAGUCCAUGGGAGAGCAGCAUCGUUAGCAGGCUUCUGACGCCCACUCACUCGUUCCUGGCCCGAAGUAAAAGCACAGCUGCAUUGUCUGGAGAUGCAGCAUCUUGCAGCCCCAUCAGUCCUCUGUCCUACAAGACUAUGAACUGUAGGAAUCCAGGAGACCGCGCAAAACUUUAUGCCUCUACUGAUGCUCUUGGACGUAGGAGAACACCGCAUCUUGCAGGGACUGACAAAAAAGAAAAGGAGAGAGACCAUUUGUCAUCCAGCUUCUCAGCCAGCUUUAAAGGAGGUCAUUUUUCUUCCAACCCCAAAGCUAGAUCACCAGCUCCCUCUCCAGUUUGGCAUGCGUCAAAGUCUUUGCCUUUUUUGCCUGGCACACCCAAGCAGAUAACUUCCCCACCUGGUUCCUCCAAAGUUUCCUCUGCUCAGGCACGUCCUCCUUCUCCUGGCAACAUCCGGCCAGUCAAAAAAGAGGUCAAACCAGAGAGUAAGAAGAAAAGGCCAGAAAAGGAGGCUGAAAAGGCCAAUGAGGAGAGGACAGAAGAGAGUAAAGGAACUUCACCAGGUGCUGGAGAAUCUGCAAGUCAGGAAGAGCUUGCCGUCCAGGCAGAGCUCACUCAAGCAGCCAGCCCAUCCCUGCCUCCUGCUCUGCCAGCUCUUUCUCCACCCCCACCCCCCGCAAAGACCUCGGCAGGUACAACUGACCCUGAAGAAGCAACAAGGCUGCUGACUGAGAAGAGGCGCCUUGCCCGUGAGCAGCGGGAACGGGAGGAGCAAGAAAGGAGGGAGAGAGAAGAGCUUGAAAGGCAAAAGAAGGAGGAGCUGUCACAGAGGAUAGCUGAAGAAAGAGCUCGCCGAGAAGAGGAAGAAGCUCGCAGACAGGAAGCAGAAAAAAAGCGAAAGGAUGCAGAGGAGGAGCAGGAAAAAGAAGAACGGCUGCGCCGACAGGCAGAGGAGAGAGAACAGAAGGAGAAAGAAGACAUGGAGCGUGUUCAGAAACAAAAAGAAGAGGAAGCUCGCCUACGGGAAGAGGCAGAGCGGAUUCGAUUAGAACGUGAAAAGCAUUUCCAAAGAGAAGAGCAAGAGCGCUUGGAAAGGAAGAAGAGGCUUGAGGAGAUCAUGAAGAGAACUAGACGUGUAGAAGCUGUAGAUAAGAAACCCAAUGACCAGCAAAAUGGACAUAUAUCAAAGGCAAAUAUUACUGGAGAAGCAGUCAUAACCAGUCCUGCAUCUCCCUCGGAACCUGCGGGAGGACCUCAGCUUCAGCACGCACUGCAAUCUCCGCACAACGGGAAACCUGUCACCUGCACGCGUGUGGUUGUUUCCCAUCAACCCCCCGUAAAUAUGGACAGCAGUCUCAAUCCGGAGAAGAAUGCAAAUGAAAAUGGAAUGUCUAUGCAGAAUGAUAACUUCGAAGAGAUCAUAAACCUGCCUAUUGGUUCUAAACCAUCCCGGCUGGAUGCCAUGAACAAUGACGGAAGCAAUAGUCCUGAAAUUCCUUUGAAUCCAAUUCUAGCCUUUGAAGAUAAGGGGACUCUUUUGCCUCAGGUAGAUAGUGUUCAAACACAUCAAACAGCAGAAGUGAUCUGAUAGUUUCUUCUGAAGAACCAAAGGUGAUGUGAGCAUCUCUGCAGUCAGUGGAGUUUCUUCCAUGCUAUGAAGGAGUGUUUUAUUUUUUCUCUCCAGUUUUUUAAAGAUUUCUUGAAUAUCUUUUUUGGAAGGACUUUAGUAAAACCAGCAGAAGAAAUGAUGGGAAUAGACUUGGAUCACCUUUCUAAUAGCUUUCAUCACUAGAAAAAUCAUGCUUCACGUGCAUUACUUAAUAUGGCUUUUUCCAACAAGCUUUUUCUGUUAGUAAAUGGAUAUUUCUGCAUUCCUUAAGACACAAGACACUGGAAUCUGGAAGCAAUGGGCUGAUUUAGGUGGUGGGACUGAUUCUUUUUUUAAAAAGGUGGGUGUUGGUUUAAAAGGCAUAAUUGUAAAAUUGGCAAAGAAUCUUUUACACUUUGUGGUUCUAAUACUUGAAAAAUAAAUACCUCAUUGCUCUACAAGUAGAGUUAAUGGGGUGUUUUAUUUAAACCUGUUGGUUUGAAUAUUAUUGCAGAGAACUCUAAUUAUGGGGGCAAAGUAUAGGCUUCUGUAUCAGGUUCUUGUAAAUGUAAUUCCUACAGGGACAUUCUGUAAAUUGAGACGUCACUAUGAUCUUCUCGCAUUUUCUCUAAAAACACAAAACAAGGCAGGUUUUAAAAUGUGAACAUUUGAAAGCGUUAUUUUUUCAUGGACAAGAGGAAAACCUAUUGUUCUCCUAGAUGAUGUAUUUAUGAAUUUUGUUCAGUACAGAAAUAAAUCAUUUAAUUGAAUAAAUUAGAAAAAUGUGGUAAAACAAUACUGCAAGCUUGAUUUUUUUUUUUAACUACAUCCAUGUUCACAAUACUCUAAGAUGUGUACACGUACGCAUGUGCGCACGUACACAAGGAAACACCUUGUUCUGAGUCCUGUAAAUUGCUGCUGUUCCCAAUGAUGGGAGACUUUGCCUUUGCCUUAUCGGACUAUUGAAGACUGUGUGAAACCUGAAAUACUUGAUUUUUGGAUGAUGAAGCAGGUUUGUUUGGGGAUCUUUUGGGUUUGCUCAUUUCAGAGCAAAUGGAAAAUGGUCAUUGUGCUUUUUAUGUAGUGUGUGAUUUUUAUAAAGCAGUACUGUUUGAGUGGUAAGAGGAACAAUGCAGGUUGCUUUCUCUUUAGUUUGACGCUGAUUUCUACUGUCAUUGUUCCACCCCUCGCUUUUGGUUGCUGUUGGGCAGAACUGUAAAAUCUUGCACGUGUUUGUGCUUUGAUAAACAGUGCUCUUAGAGCUAGAGCUCACUUUAGGUGUUUGAGUUUGAAGCACCAACCAGAGCUCGAUGCGUUGCUCACUGAAGUCAGUGAGGAGAUCCUUGGCCUGGGGAAACGGAGGUUUAUGGGGCUUCAGUUCAUGCCCUUCAGUUCUCUCUACCGGAGAACAUACCAUUAAGAUUCCUGCACUUGCCUUUAGUGAGAACUGAGCUAGGCCUGCAGGAAGCUGUGCAGAAAGCCUAUGCUAGCAGAAGAAAUCCUCCGAGACAAAAGCUGAAGAAUUUUUGAAGAAAUUACUUUCUGCUGCUGCCAAGUGCUCAUCUUAUACAGGAGAUGGCAUAAAAGCAAUGGAAAUGCAAUGAAAAAGAGACUUCAUCUGCCAGAAUACGUAUAGAAGGGAAAAAACAGCCAUUCGGUGAGAAUGCUUUCCCUAGUAGCUUGUGACACAGUAAAAUGAAUUGGGUUCCUUUCUUUAGUUCUCCAUGUACAUGGCCACAAUAUUUUGAAGUGUCAAAAAUAUGUAGUUUUUCUUUAAACCUAUAUAUAGCAUGUAAGCACCAAAUAAAACUUGUUUGAAAUA